UCUUUGACAAAACGUGCUUGUCAGUUCACCGAAUGCUAUGAGAAGCAACAAGACAAUUUUCGGAAUCGAUGAGAGCAGAGAAGAAAAAUUGUGCAGGUUGAAUAAAUUGCAAGCAAAAAAACCGUAAACGAUAAUAACAUAGGUAGAAACGUCAUGAAUUCUGAACAGGAUACUAAUGUUGGAAAUGGAGAAUGUAUCGAGUCUGUAGAAAUUGUUCCGCGUGUCAUAAAUACAGCUACAACGAAGGUGGCAGCACUAUAUCUGGGUAUAAUGUGUUUCGUGGCGAAUUGUCUAAGUUCGAUGAUCCUUGAAGUGGUUACACGAUUUCCAUUAGGAAGUUCAUCAUCGGGAAAGUCAGGAACAUUUAAUUCGCUGUUUCAUCGAAAUUACAGUAACAGUCUGAGAAUAAAAAUUCUUGCCACUAAUAUCAUCGCCGGUUUCACGGCCACCGUAAUGAUGUGUUGCGCUGAUAAAUACAAAAUACCUUAUCUUUAUAUACCUUGGCUUGUAAAUACUCUCCAAGGGAUGGCCAUGUGCGAAGCACCAGCCCUUCUGAGAUCCGCUUAUGUAUUACUACCAGAAGCUGGAUUAUCAGCUGGCAUAUUUUUCUUUAUAACAUUGUUGUUGUAUGUCGAAGAGCUGUGUCUGUGGAACGAUGUAUUUGCAAAUUUUUAUCGUUGCUGGAUCGAGUAUAGUGCGAAAAGACAACAAGCAGCUAAUGAAAUUAUAAACGAAUCCCGACUGGACAGAAGGCAUCGAAUGCUUGAACGAAAUAUCGAAUUUAUUCUUGACAAUGAAAAGUUAUCAAAGGAACGCAUAGAUUCCGGUGACGGAAUUCGCAAGUUAUCAGCAGUUGCUCCAAUCUCAUCAGCAACAUUUGAGACUAAUUUCGAUUUCAAGGGACAUCUUGGUAGGAGCCGAUUUACAAAUAUAACCGGAUAAUUAAAACGUAUAAGGUCCAACAAAUGUUUUACAUAGAACAAUGUACACAACACUUGCCGCUCAUCGACAAGACAAUAUGGCGUCCUUUGAUUCUUCUGCGCAUGCGUCGUCCGAUUCACAUUGCCGCACGACGCACGGGGGUUAUUGUCUAGUAGUGCGCCGGUUAGAACCCGUUUCUGGUUGUGUGUAACGGAUUCUCUUUGAAAACUUGAUAUCACGGCUUUAGCUCCAGUAUUAUACAUAUUUCCUUCGAGUUCUCGCUCAGUUAAACAGUCAGUGCAGUGAGAGGGUGAAAAUACUGAGAAAAAUAUCAACCUUGAGCACAAGAGACAUUUUUGGAGGGAAUAGUUGAGG